AUGAAAAUCGACUUGAGUAAGGCUUAUGAUACUGUAGACUGGCAAUUUGUGGAAGACCUCCUCAAUGGUUUGUGCUUUCCUAUGCGGUUUAUUCAUUGGUUGCUUACUUGCUUAAGGGGUUCUACUUACUUUCUGUUGCUUAAUGGAAGAAUCCAAGGCUCUUUCAAAGGUGAAAAAGGGCUUCGCCAAGGAGACCCCUUAUCUCCUCUUGUGUUUGUCCUAAUAAUGGAAUAUCUGUCUAGAUUGCUCUCUUUUUAUUCUAGCAAGAAGGGUUUUGGCUUUCAUCCUCUUUGCAAGAAUAUGAGAUUAACUAACCUCUGCUUUGCUGAUGAUCUAAUAAUUUUCUGUAAAGGGAAUGUAAAAUCAGUUGAGUUAGUUAAUGCUGCCUUUCUUGAGUUUUGUCAAGCCACAGGUCUUGCUUCCAACAAGAGGAAAUCUCAUGUCUACUUUGGGGGAGUUAAUGAGGAGAUUAAGAGCAAGAUUUUGGAGCUAAUUCAAAUGGAGGAGGGGACUUUCCCUCUCAAGUAUUUGGGGGUUGUCCUCAGACCGACUAAGUGGAAGGCCUCGAAUUGUGGUGUGAUUUUGGAUAAGCUUAGUCUGAAGCUUAGCGGUUGGGCGAGUAGAAAUCUCUCAUUUGCAGGGCGAGCCCAACUUAUUCGCUCGGUUCUUCUUGGAAUACGAAACUUUUGGAUGAGCCUCUUCAUUCUUCCCAAAAAAAUUGUUGAUGCUAUUGACAAGAAGUGUCGAGACUUCCUUUGGGGAAUGAAUGGCAAUAUAAGCAAGCUCCACAUCCCCUCUUGGGAGAAAGUUUGUCUUCCCAAGCAAUUCGGUGGCAUUGGUUUUAGAGAAGGUAAGAAGUGGAAUUCGGCCAUGAUUGCUAAACAUGUUUGUGCGAUUUCGAGCAAGCAAGACAACCUUUGGGUUAAGUGGAUCAAUUCCAUUUACUUAAAAGAUGAGGACUUCUGGUCUAUUUCAGCGAAUCAUGACUUUAGUUGGUAUUUUAAAAAGAUUUUGAAGAUAAGAAUGAUGACCAAUAAUGUCAUGUUGGACCAGGCGGCUAAGGGGAAUAAAUUCAAGGUGAGUAAGUUCUAUGUUGAUCUUAUUGGGGCUGCCAAAUCCUCUUAUGCUACUUCUAUUUGGCAUAGGUUCAUUGUUCCUAAACAUAGAUUCAUUUUUUGGCAAAUCAUGAAUGAACAAUUGCUCACCCGUGAUCUUUUAAGCAAAUUUCUGCCCAUCACUUCAGCUCUUUGUACUGUUUGUGAGGAUGCCAUGGAGUCCCAUAAUCACUUAUUUAUAGAUUGCAUCUUCACUAAGAAGGUAAUUGCUGGUGUAGAAAACUGGGCAGGUAUCCUAAGCUGGCCGAAAAGUUUCAGUGAGUUGCAGCAGCGAUGUUUCCCAACCAAACCAGAUUUUGCCGAGCAAGUGUUGAAUUCAGUCUUUGAAGCCACUCUUUACCACAUUUGGAGAAACAGGAACGAUUGCUUGUUUAAUGCUAUGUGUUUGUCAGCUUCUUGUAUUAGUAAAAGUAUAAGAAAUGUGGUCAAGACUAGAAUUAUUGGCUUUCAUUGUACCAGUUCUAAGAAGAAAGAUAGAUAUGCUAUAAAUGUUGUAAAUAGCUGGUAG